AUGUAUGAAACCCUCACGGAAAUUAUCAACACCGCCCGGGAGCAGGAGAUCGAGUUGAAGAAACAAAUCGAGAGGGGCGAGCGAAGGGCACAGGAUGUAAAUCCAAGCCCUACAAAGAAGGCUCGAACGGCUGAAUCGGCAAAGAGAACGGAUGUAAAGGGUGGGUCGCCAAGCUGCAAGGUUUGUGGAAAGGGGCACAAAGGCGAGUGUCGUUUCAAAGACAAACCGUGCCCCAUAUGCGGGAAAAUGGGGCACACGACAUCUCUAUGUCUGGGUAAAGUCUUAGUUUGUUACAAAUGCUAUCAGCCCGGCCACAAAAAGUCUGAAUGCCCAGACUUAGUUGGAAAAAGAGAUACUAAAGAAUCUCCAACUGAAGCUCCAAAGGCAAAGGCCAGGUCCUUCCAACUUACAUCGGUUGAAGCAAAAGCAGAACCCGAUGUGGUCUCAGGUAUAUUCGCGAUAAAAUCGAUUCCUACACGUGUAUUAUUUGAUACGGGUGCGAAUAAAUCCUUUAUUUCUCAUGGAUUUAUUCCACAUCCUUUAUUUGUAUUAACAAAAUUAUCUGUGCCCUUAGAAGUUGAAAUAGGGGACAACAAAAGCUUCAUAGUAUGUGAUAUCUGUCAAGGUUGCAAAUUGAGUAUCGAUGAUACUUAA